AAGUUACUACUGUCUUUUGAACUUCCCGGGUUCCGACAUCUCGAUUAAAUCUCCGUUGAACCCUAACAACUGUCUGUCUAGGGUUUUAGUCUUCGUCGUCGUCUUCUUCUUCUUCUUCUUCAUGCAAAUUUCAGACAUGAAAGCCCUCCGAUCACUCUCUCUCCACAAACACUUUCUCUCUCCCACCAUUCGCAACCCCAUUCCAGACCCAUUUCGCCUCUCCUCACACUCGCACUCCCCCACCCUCCAAAACGCCACAUUUUCCCGCAACUUCCACUCCACAAGCUUUCUCUUCACAUCCGACGCCCCAAACAGCCGAAUCGACCCGAGCUCCGACGCAAAACCCCCCAGAGUCUGGACCGUCUUCGACCCCGUCUCCGGCAGAAUCGUCACGCAGAAGGUCAAACACGGGGAAUUACAGUCGGAAGGCGAAACCCAGAAGAGCUCGUCGGAGUCUGGAGAUGCGGUUGGGGAGCAUUCGCCGGAGGAGAGGAGUUAUGGGAGUUUCAGAAAGGUGAAAUCGGUGGGUUUGAGGGACGUAGUGGGGAACAAGAAGAAGGGGAGGGUGAAGACUUUGUGGGUUUGUUCGAGCUGCGGGCAUACGGAGGGGCAGUGGUGGGGAAUGUGCCGGUCGUGCGAUGCGCCGGGGACGAUGACGGAGGUUUUGGAUGGGGAUUCUAAUGACGGGAAGAUUGGUGGUGGGGUUUCCGAGAAAGUUGGGUCUUGGCUUCCCAAGAAGGAGGGUGAGGUGCUUCCUAUUCGGCUUAAAGACGUGCAACGUGGUAUUAGUAAUCAAGAAUGGCGGUUUCCCUUGCCUGGACUUUUCGGGAAUGAAGUUGCUAGGGUGCUUGGUGGUGGUCUUGUUCCAGGUUGUUUGGUUUUGGUUGGUGGUGACCCUGGUGUUGGCAAGAGCACACUCUUAUUGCAGGUUGCUGCCUUAAUAUCUGAAGGGUGUGAUUUUGGUGGACCAGCCCCAGUAGUAUAUGUCUCAGGUGAAGAGAGUAUUGAGCAAAUUGGAAACAGGGCGGACCGUAUGGAUAUAAAAACCGAGGAGCUAUUCUUAUAUUCGAGUACUGACAUUGAGGACAUAAUACAGAAAGCUCACAUUCUGUCACCUCGGGCUUUGAUCAUUGACUCAAUACAAACAGUUUAUUUAAACAAUGUGACUGGAAGUGCUGGAGGGUUAUCCCAGGUAAAAGAAUGCACAUCAGCUUUGCUGCGUUUUGCCAAGAAGACCAACAUUCCUGUUCUCUUGAUUGGACAUGUUACAAAAUCUGGAGAAAUAGCUGGACCCCGCGUCUUGGAGCAUAUAGUGGAUGUUGUUUUAUAUAUGGAAGGAGAGAAGUACUCGUCUCAUCGUUUACUUCGAUCUGUCAAGAAUCGUUUUGGAUCCACGGAUGAGCUUGGAGUAUUUGAGAUGUCGCAAAGUGGACUGCAAGCAGUUGUAAAUCCUAGCGAGAUGUUUCUAAGUGAGGAAUAUGCAGGGUCAGAAGUUUUAGCUGGCUUAGCUGUUGCUGUUACUAUGGAUGGAUCUCGGAGUUUUCUCAUUGAGAUUCAGGCAUUAUGUGUAUCUAGUUCGACUGUUUCACGACAGGUUAAUGGGGUUCAAGCUAGCAGAGCCGAUAUGAUUAUUUCAGUUCUAAUAAAACAAGCUGGACUAAAGCUCCAAGAGAAUGCCAUUUUCUUGAAUGUUGUUAGUGGGAUAACGUUGACAGAAACUGCUGGGGAUCUUGCCAUAGCCGCAGCAAUUUGUAGCAGUUUCUUGGAGUUCCCUAUUCCUAAUAAUAUUGCUUUCAUCGGCGAAAUUGGCCUCGCUGGCGAAAUUCGUACGGUACCAAGAAUGGAUAAAAGGAUACAUACAGUGGCAAAACUAGGUUACAAAAAGUGUAUCAUACCAAAAUCAGCUGAGAAAUCUCUAGCAACUUCAGUUUACGAGGGAAUGACAGUCGUCGGAUGCAGAAAUCUCAAAGAGGUUAUCAACAACGUCUUUACUACAUAUUGAAGUGAGCUAAAUUGAAGCUAUUUUCCUUUUUUUAUUUAGCUCUGUAUAUUCAAUGUGUAAAGUUUCUGCUGUGAUGAAUAGGCUAGGAUUUUUGCCAAUGUUCUUACCCUAUUCGUCCCUUUGUAGAGAAAAUCUUUGGAAUUCUUCAGUGUUUUAAUGCUUGCAGAUCUCUUGUUAUCUGAAGAAAUCACACAGAAGCAGCUCUAA